CCCAGGGAUAUAUGAGAAGACAUUGUUGGGCACAUGUGCCGAUGACUAGGUUGCUCAUUCUAGGAUCUUCUCUACUAAAUAUGUUCAAAGUAAGAAAAUGUGGGCGCAGGCAAUAGCCAGUUAGGCCGUUGCCCAGGCAGAAAAAAAAAGGAGUAAAAAGAAGAAGAAAAAAGAUAAUAUGGUUACAGGAAAGAGAACACGCGUGCUGGGGCAGAUGCUGCUGUACCGACUUGUCUUUGCGUCUCUUUCGGGGCGAACGGGCGAGGAAACAGGCGCUGCGCUGCUCAAUGACUUUGUUGCUACAAAUGCUUCUGACAUAUUUGUUUGCUCCGAUCAAAGGUUGCAACUGAGCCGAGAAUACGACGGACAAAGAAACGAGCAAGAUGAAGCUGAGGUGUAAUGGCGUCUCGUCUUCUUCCUUGACGUUAAAUGGUGUCGGAGGUAUUACCUCGAAGCAACCCGCUGAGUCACCUAACACGGCAUCUAGUCAAAGGUAGUAGCACUGGAGACCCCGUAGAAGUUGCGUUUGAUCCCCUUCCAACUUCAUUUCGUCUGGCACUUGGGAGCCCGACAAUGGCUAUCACUCAUAAACACCACAUUUUUGGAUCCGUUUGGAUUAUUGGGAAUCCAGGUGUUGAGCAUUCGUCGCAUCAUCAAGUACAGAGGGGAUUAGGCGAGGUUGGUCUCGCCGGGAGCGGAAGCCGGUACCGUCACCGAGCGGGUACCGCCUGCCCGAGAGCCGGGCCGGGACGACCGACAGCCUUGAGGACUGCGAGGUACGCCCCGGGAGGAAGGGUUGCCACCGAGGAGUGUCGAAUCUGGGGGCGAAAGGCCCGCAACAUGAGGCUUUGCAUUUCCGGCCGGUCGAGCACGCAAUCGCGAAGCCCAGACCAGAUGGGUUUGGUAAUCCAAGUGCCACCGAUCCGGGGGGGGGCUUGAGUGGAUCGGAAAUGGUGCAAUGUGGGCCCGUCGCAUGUGCAGCCGGGGCGCUCAUUGGCGCGCGAUGGCGCAAUUGUUCCUUAGUCGCAAUUCUCUAAGCUUCACCAAGUUC